AUGGCGUUGCUCAAAGUGAGUUGUCUAGUCUUCCUGUUUGCAGUCGGUGCAGUGUGGAGCGAAAAUGCAGAUGGCGAUCUGGAAACGGCAGAAACGGCAUUGAUAGCAAAGAAGAUUUUGCUUCUGAAAGGAUUAGGUCUCGGCGGAGUUUUGCUGGCUUCCCAAAAUUCUGGUUCUUCCGGACUAGGUGGACUUGGCGGUGGAUUUGGUGGUUUCGGAGGACUGAGCAGUAAAUUUAGUGGACUGCUUGGAGGAGGUUCCCAAUCGGCUGAUUACCCUCCUCCACCACCACCCCCUCCACCAACUUAUAAUUAUGCCCCAAGUUACGUUUCUGCUCCUGCUCCGCAGCCUACUUAUGCCAGUUACAGUACAAACUAUGUAGCCGCACCACCGCCAGUGGCAUAUUCAGCACCUCCUCCACCACCGCCAGUUACGUACUCAGCGCCUCCUCCACCACCACCAGUGGCAUACUCUGCACCACCUCCACCACCACCAGUGACGUAUUCAGCGCCAGCUCCAGCACCAGUUUCCUACGCUGAUGCACCGCAAGUACCAGCCAGCUACAGUGGAAAUCUCCAGUUGGUUGGUAUCCUGACUCCAGUACAAACUGUUCAAGCUCCGGCUCCGGCUCCGGUCAGUUACUCUAGUCAAGUCGCAACUAGCUACUACAGUGCACAACCGUCAGUACCGUCGAAUCAACCAUGUGACAAUUAA